AUGAGACCGCUCCAACUACUCCCAGAAUCGACUACUCAACUAACCCCCAUUAUGGCGACUUCAGCACCUACGCCCGGACAACCUUUUACUAUCGACUACGCACCAAUGUACAACUCGCCCUUCAUAUCUCGAGCAAUGCUAACCUGCGACUACAGAGUAACCCCGCAACUUGUUGGCUCGCUCCUCAACUUUUUCUUCUUUGGAGCGUUGACGAUUCAAACAUACGUUUACCGUUUAUGCUUCCCGAAUGACCGUAUCAUUGUCAAGCUACUGGUCUACUUCAUCUACCUCGCCCUUCUAGUCUCCCUUUGUCUCAACGCGGCGGAUGUUGAAUACUGGUUUGGUUCUGGCUUUGGCAACAUUAUCCGGUUUGCCGAUGCUCGCAAUGGGCCCUUCUACACUCCCCUCAUGGGCUCUAUCAUUGCGUGGCUGGUGCAGACUUUCUUCUGCUACCGUAUAUUCACCAUCAAGCGCGCUGCAUGGCCGAUUUCGCUGCUUAUCCUGCUGCUUUCGAUUGCGCAGUGCACCGGCGGCGUUGGCAUCGGGGCAAUUGUCUAUAUGAAGGGAAAUGGAAACCACGAUCGCCUUCGCAACAUUCUUCUCUACCUUUGGCUUGUCGGUGGUGCUGUGGCUGACAUCUCAAUUGCGGCGACCCUUAGCAUACUUCUCAUGAAGACCGCAAUUAACAAAGUCACACGCGACCUGGUCAAGAGCGUCGUGACCCUUGUCAUCGAAACGAACGCGUUUUCGUCGAUGGUCGCACUGAUCGGCCUUAUUCUCUACUUCGCAAUUCCUAACACCACUUACUUCCUCGGCGCCACACUUACCCUCCCCGGAAUUUACGCAAACACAUUGUUGGUCACAUUGAACAAUCGUGCCGCUAUUGCAAACAGCCGCGAAGCCCAGGCCAACCGUGAUGUGUCUAGCUCUCGCCCUUCAGCGUUCUCCACUUCCUCGCGCGCUCCACUUAACCGGACGUCUGGAAUUGCCACCACCCAGUCCAACUUCCCUGUUCGCGAGGUGUCGAGGCAACAAGACGACCAAAUUUUGAGGGAGAAGAACGAGGGUCAGGUCCGCAGCAGCCUUGAUGGAAACCAAUGGCGCGAUGCGGAGGAGGACACCAGCGAGUACGGGGACGUCGGCGCUCGGCUGCAUGCUUAG